UAGCGGCGUAGGUGUCCGGCUCGAAUCGACCCAUUGUUAUGAAAAGAAGACUUGUUUUGCUAAACCGUUCGUUCCCCAUCGUCCUCCUCGCACCAACAACGCCGCCAUCGAAAACCUAGAAAGGUAGUAAUCUCGCCAUGGCUGCCAUCGCGCCGGCCAGGGUGACCCUGGCUGAGCGUCCACUUGGACCUUACCUGCCGCCCCCCUCGAAAUCGGAAAGCUUCUACGCCCUACCUGUGCCUCCUUCAUCUCAAGAUUCCUCCCCUGCCCCCGCCGCCGCAGUCUCCCCCGCCUGGGUUCCACCUCCGAUGCCAGCUCAGCCUCCCUGGGCCAAGGAUCCUAGAUACAUGAAAGAGCAUGGUGGUCCUGCGCUUGGGCCUAAGCCACUAGUUCACCGUCAGCAGUCCAUGAGAAUCGCAAAGAUAGCCCUGGGUUACUACAACAAAAAGAAUAAGAUCAAGAUUGAACUCCUGGAGGUUGGUCCUGUGGUUUCGGUGGCUUCUUCAUUUUAUCCUUACAAGCACAUGAACUUCACUGCAAGAUCUAGCAAGGAAGGUUCGAGGGAACAGCUAUUCUUUGCUGAGCUGCAGUUGUGUUCCAGAAAGCAGAAUCCAAGUGGUUUCAAUGUCAUCUGCUGUGAGCCAUUGGGUUCUGACUCUACUGCUGGACGGAAGGCCGGUUGGGGUGUGGAAAACCCUCAGGGCACCUCACCGGAGAAGGAUGUCGACUUCACUUUCUGCUUUGGAUGUGGUCCCAAUAUAUUUCAUCCCAAAGGUACAAAAUAUGCUGGCGGCCAUUGUACCGUUCCACAUAUUUACAACUCCGCAAUGAUAUAGACAAAGCUGUCUCAGCCGCUGUAUCUAUGUUUGUCUCGUCUUUAUUUUGCCAGACUUUGUCUAUGGCAGUGUCCAACUGAAGGAGUGAACAAACCUUGUAACUUAUGCCCUUCUAGGAUUAUUAUGAACCAACUUCGAUUUACUUUUGAAAUAAUUGGUGACAUAUGUUGUUGGUCGUGUA